AUGAAAGUAGAACCAGUACGGACACCCUGUGAACCACGUAAGGUCUUGCCCAUCCUGAGGACCGACGAACCGGUCUGCCCCGAGGGGAAAUUGUCGUGCGGUAACGGCGAGUGCGUCGACAAAGAGCUCUUCUGCAACGGUAAACCGGACUGCAAGGACGAAUCCGACGAGAAUGCAUGCACCGUGGAAACAGACCCUAACCGGGCCCCUGACUGCGACCCAACACAGUGCGCCCUGCCGGACUGUUAUUGUUCCGCUGACGGUACCAGGAUUCCCGGGAACAUCGAGCCCUCCCAGGUGCCGCAGAUGAUCACGAUCACGUUCAACGGGGCCGUGAACGUGGACAACAUCGAUCUUUACGACGACAUUUUCAACGGUCAACGUCAGAAUCCGAACGGCUGUCAGAUACGAGGCACGUUCUUCGUCUCGCACAAAUACACCAACUACUCGGCGGUCCAGGAUCUCCACAGACGUGGCCACGAGAUCUCUGUGUUCUCGUUAACCCACAAAGAUGAUCCGCAAUACUGGACCCAGGGCACGUACGACGACUGGUUGGCCGAGAUGGCCGGCGCUCGGCUGAUCAUCGAGCGUUUCGCAAACAUCACCGACGGUUCCAUCAUCGGCAUGAGGGCACCGUACUUGCGCGUCGGCGGUAACAAACAAUUCGAGAUGAUGGCCGAUCAAUUCUUCGUCUACGACGCCUCGAUCACCGCGUCCCUGGGCCGUGUCCCGAUCUGGCCGUACACCCUCUACUUCAGAAUGCCGCACAAGUGCAACGGUAACGGCGGCAACUGUCCGUCCAGGUCACAUCCCGUCUGGGAGAUGGUGAUGAACGAGCUGGACAGAAGGGACGACCCGACAUUCGACGAGUCGCUGCCCGGUUGUCACAUGGUCGACUCGUGUUCAAACAUUCAGAGCGGCGAACAGUUCGCCAGGCUGCUCAGGCACAACUUCAACAGGCACUUCAACAGCAACCGUGCCCCGCUCGGUCUUCACUUCCACGCGUCCUGGCUGAAGAGCAAGAAGGAGUACAGGGAGGAGCUGAUCAAGUUCAUCGAGGAGAUGCUCGCCAGGAGCGACGUGUACUUUGUUACUAUGGUCCAGGUCAUCAAGUGGAUGCAAACGCCCACGGAGCUCUCAGCUCUCCGAGACUUCCAGGACUGGAAGGAGACCUGCGACGAGAAGGGACAGCCGUACUGUUCACUGCCGAACGCCUGUCCCCUGACCACCAGGGAGCUACCAGGCGAGACCCUGCGUCUGUUCACCUGCAUGGAGUGCCCGAACUAUUACCCGUGGCUGCUCGACCCGACCGGCGACGGGUUCACCGCGAAUAAAUGAACGGAUCCACGCGUUGGAUCGGUCGAUACUGUGCCGUUGGUCCGUCGGUAAAUGCCACACACGGACACGCGGUCAACGAAGAGACCGAGAGGAGGUUCACCUUCAACGGAGAGAAGAGAAAAAAAGAGACGACGCGGGAGGAAAACGUUUCGCGACGCUCAGACGCCUCUCGACGGGCGACGAGUCCUCGAUUAUUCCGAUAUGAUUCUGGUACCGCGAAAUACAA